AUGGUUAGGCUUACUGAUGAAAGCCGAGCAUUCCACUACGGUGUAUACUCCAUAGUGUACCAAAUUCCACCAGGAAAAAUUACAACAUACGGACACAUCGCGUAUCUAUUAGACAAACCAGGCAAUGCAAGACAAGUUGGUUCCUCUUUAAAGCAUUGUACUAUGAUAAUUCAGGAUUUGAAUCGAGGAUUUGAUCCCAGUGAAGAAGAAUAUCUCAAUAUCGAUUCGCUUCCGUGGUGGAGAGUGCUUCUGAGUUCUGGCAAGAUUUCCCCUCGUGAAAACUCACAAGGUCAAUAUCUUCAAGCAGAUAGAUUACGAGAGGAGCAGAUACCAGUUUCGCAAGCACACUUGGUUGACUUGGAAGAGUAUGGUUGGUUUCCAGAAGAUGUUAAUCUAUGA